AUGGGAGAAAAAAGCCUUAGAUUAUUUGGUUUUGAAGUGAAUCCUCAUGCUGAUGGCAAGAGUCAUUCGGAAGAAAACAGAAGUUUGAUGUCCAUAGAUGAAGCUGGUUUCCAAGUGGAAGAUACUGAUGCAAAAUCAGAUGGUUCAAUAUGUCAACUAGAGCAAAAGAAGUAUAGAUGUGAGUUCUGUCAUAGAGAGUUCAUUAACUCACAGGCAUUGGGAGGUCACCAGAAUGCCCACAGUAAGGAGAGGCUAAAGAAGAAAAGAAUGCUACUACAAAUUAAGAAAGCCAAGCUUUAUCCUCAACCAAAGGAAAGCUCCACUGAGAGCCUCUCAUUAGCUUCAACUCUUCAGAUCAAAAGCAAGUCUAGAUAUAAAUCCUGUAGCCCUGUGUGGCUAGUUGGUCUCAUGUUUCAGUUCCUUGUCAUAAACUAUUAUGUUUGGCUGAAACAAAUGAAAGGUAGAUUAGUGAUUGACAGUGACAACGUUGAUCACUGA